AAUGAGGAAAUGACAUUAUAAUCCAGAUUGGGUUUCCCUCUUUAAUUUGAAUACCUAUGAACAGUACUGAACAGUACAUCUUAAAACUUAAAAAGUACGCACUGGGGAUUAUAAAAAUGGAGAGUGAAUUUCCUUAUCAAGUUAUCGGACGCUUACACCUUUUGGAUUGCAAUCAUAAACUGAGCAGCACCUGCCUAGAAUGAAAUUUCUUAUUAACACUGCUUAGGCAGUAAGUUUUCAAUUGCUCUGUAUUUUCUCUUUGCUAUUUGCUUUGGACUUGUUUAUAAGCAAGCGGAGAUUUCGAGAAAAAUGGACUUUUCCGUGGAAUCUACCUUGCAGCCUGUAUCUACAGGGGAUGGCCACGCUGCAUCUCGCAUCAGCAGAGGACAGGGAACUGACAGCACUCCCUCAAAAACCCCAGCUCAUUCCACAGCAGGUGCGCAGUUAUCAGGAUCUGCAAGGUUCAACAUCCGCUCUGCCAAAACACGCUCCCAGAAGUUUGGCACCGAGGACAACCAAAAGGGGAAAGACCUGAGGACACUGCGGAGUGUAUUUGAGCCGGGGGCUACUGGGUCACCUGCAGAAGGGAGCACAGGGAAGCGAGCAGACAGACAGGAAGGGCCACUGGGAGCUCGUCCACAGAGGGUCUCCACCGUAAUCAAAGAUAAGACAGAUCCUGUGAUUACAACACACACUGAGUCCUGGACCAACCAGCCCAAGAGCUUGAACCAGGACAUUACUGUAGUCUCCAAACCUUAUGAUGGGCAGCUGAGACGAAUUGAAGGCAUAAAUGAAAAGAAGCCAGAGAUAAAAGACUUCAAGAGUCAAGAUAACCAGUUGGGACAAGAGACAGGAGGGAGAGGCAGGGCAGAAUGGAAAAGGGGGAACUUUGCAAACAGGAGUAAGAGUUUGGACUGGAGAGCAGGGUCAGGUCCAAGCAGUACAGAGAUACAAGGAUUUUGGGAGAAUCAUGGUGGGCGUUUGCCAAGAAGGGCAGAAAGUUUAGAGAGAGGAGAAGUCAUGGAGGGAGGCAGGGCUACUUCAACCCCCAAAAAAGUGGAUAACAGCAGCAAUAGCAGAAAUCACGUGUCAUCUAAGAUCAAGGCAUGUAACUCAGCUGAGCAAGUAGAGCAUAAGAACCACAUGGGAGCACCCUUUGAUAGGGCAGUAAGUUUUGGCAGAAGCAGCCAGAUAACCUUGGCUCUGGAGAGGGCCAGUAAAGGUCAGUCCCUGCCAUCUCGGAUAAAGCCUAGGUUAAGUCAGUGUGGAAUAGAUGAGGAAGGUGAUGUUUUCGGACUCCAUCAGAAUGGAAUGAAGAAAGCUGUAGAGGGGUCUGCUAUCCAAUCUAUUUCCGAUCGGAUUGAAAAGCUUUUUGCUUCAACAAUGUCGGAUACAAGUAUAAAGCGUGAUACUAAUUCAUCAGAGCUGCUGAAAGCCAAACGUAAUUCUGCACCUGUUGGAGAUUGGCUACCUUUUGAUUGGCAGGGGACUGGGCCGAACAGGGGCCAAAUGAAGUCUGCUAACAAUAAUGAGUUGGGGCCAGAAUCCUCAUCGCAGUUGAAGGAUGUGUCAUAUCAAGGUGAGCGGGGAGGUACUUUUCCUCGGAGAUAUUUCAGAGGGGAGAGAAGUAACUCUGAUGCAGGGACUACUCAGAGCAGCAGAAGUAAUGGAAAUGAUGGAAACAAUCUCCCCAGUCUGAGGUGGUCAGGCACAGACAAGGAAGUGUCUGCAUGUUCAGGGGAAAGGUCUCCUGGUAGACUGUUUCAAACCCAGACUUCACUGACUGAACGGAAGGACAGUGGUGGUUUACACCACAGGUCUGUGGUGGACACGAACACCAGGUCUUUAGAUAGACCCAGGAGCAGCCUCUCUUUUUCACUUCAACCCUCAUCCCUGAGAGACAUGCCAAAGGAUACAGAGGGAGUAAUGAAGGAUACAAAGGGAGAUCCAGAUGGGAGGAGGGAAAGUGAGAGGGAUGUGAUGUUGUAUGAUGGGAAACUGGCAAAAACAAGGGAUGAAUACAGACAGACUGAAGGAAAGCUAGAAAAAGAUGCUGACAGAGGGGACAACAGCAGAGAGGGCAAGGGACCCAAACUAGUGAAAGCUAUGGCUGUCUUCCCAACAAGCCCCACAUCACAGGAAACCAGUCUUGCUUUGAGAGGGGUGAACAAAGAAUCAAAACAAGACAAAAGUCACCAUGCAGGAAGCAAACCAGACGAUAGCAUCAUCAUUCAACCAAUGCCCCAAUCAUCAGUGCCUCAAAAAAGGGGAGGAGAGAAGGAAAAGUGGAAGUGGAAAGAGGAGGAAGAGGAUGUUUUUAGGCUAAACAGUUUUCCAAGGGGUCAGGGAAAGAGGCAGGAUGAAGUGGUUGGGGCUAUGUCUUCCUGUUCAGAUAACGUACGUAGUAAGAUCCAUAGAUUUGAAUCACUGUCCCAACAGAACCAAUCCACCCCUCCAAGUCAUCUGCUCCGGCCUAGAAGGGCCUUCUCUGUACCAGAGCACAUCAAGGCCGUGGAAGACUUGAAGAAGAGUGAUUCAGACAGAACGGUGGGUGGGGUGAGGGGGAAAUGGCCAGUUAGCAUUGCCAAUACUGGGGACAAGCCAUCCUAUAAAACAGAAGAUAAAGGAGAAGCUGUUGAAGAGUGGAAGAGAGAAUGGGCAAUAAGGUCUAUUUCUGUGGAUGAGAUUGGGCAAAGGAGAGAGUGUAGAGGAAUGAAGAUUUCUGGCAGUGGAAUUAGCUCUACCCAACAACCAAAGCAAAGCCCAUACAAGGAGCCUUCUCACAACUCCACAGCCAGCACAGAACCACAGUGGAAUUUCAAAGCCUCCUCAGAUGAACCAGAUUAUUCCAAGGACCUUCGACCAGAGGCUAAAUGCACUUCAGCAUUGCAACAAGGGAUUUCUAGGCCUAUCUUUGCAAAAGAUCCUUUGCCUACUCCACAAACCAACCAAAACAAAGAUGGGAUUAGUAAUAUCAUUGGAAUGGCACCUACCAGUGACUGCAACCACUAUGAUUCGGUAACUAAAUCAGAGUGUGGAGAUGGGGAUAAGACACCCACUAACUCUUCCAACAGAUCACCCUUCAUUCCUAGCAACAAAGGAAAUGGCAGCUCUGGCAGCACAUAUGCAGGUCACUCUUCAAACAAAGAAACUCAAGCUUUAACAAGCACACCAAAUGCCACAGACACAGCUCCACUCUCUGCAGCUAACGUGCCUCCAUUUGGGGUCAACCAUACCCCAUACGUUUCCACACCAGCAUCAGAGUCAGAACCAAGCCAUUUCCUCCCUCUCCCAGCCCCUGGGUCGUCCUCCUCUGAGCCACACCCCUACAGUGAGUCAUCUGGCCCAAGUGAAGUCAAGGAUUCCAGCUCCCUCAGUGUCAGAAUGGCCAGGUGGAACUCAGAUGAAGAAGAGUGGGAUGAUGAUGAUGAUGAUGAUGAGGGCACAAUGAAGGGUUCAAAUUAUGACUCAGACUCAGCAGAGUCAUCUGUGACUAUCACCAGCAACAUGAGCCAGUCGGAUCACCGCAGCUUCUCUGUUAGCCUGGCUGACCUGUGUCAUUUUGGGGGAGUGGACUACUUGGGCUACAAUGACGGCACCCAGGACAUGGAUUCGGAGGACUCUCUGUCACACCGCACAGCCUCCCUCAGCUCCGACAUCUCCGCCCUCUCCUGCGUGUCAAUUCUUCCAACAGAUGAACUGGAUCGGCUGCUGGAGGAUGUCAGGAGUUUGGGAGAUGAGAGUCUGAAGAACUAUGAGGAUGUGCAGGUGGUCGUGCUGCACAAAGACGUGGGCUGUGGACUGGGCUUCACCGUAGCCGGAGGAGUGGAUCAGAACAAACCCGUCACUGUUCACAAGGUGUUCCCCUGUGGCUUGGCAGCCCAUGAGGGCUCCAUCAGGGAGGGCGACCAGGUCUUGUCCAUUAACGGCACGGCGCUCAAGAACUCUGCCCACUGGGAGGCGCUUCGCACUCUGAGGAGGGCCCGGACCCGGAACAUGGCCGUCGUGGUGCUGCAGAAAGGGGGCACUGCUAAGACGCUGAAAGGCGGGGCUGACCACACUCAGGGGGCAUGUGACCCAUUCAAUGUGAAAAAAGCAGGCAGAACAUUGCGAGUGGUACUGGAGAAAAGCAGCACAGAUUUAGGCUUCAGCCUGGAGGGAGGAUUGGGCUCCAGCCAGGGGGAUGGGCCCCUCACCAUUAAGAAGGUCUUCCAAGGUGGUCCUGUGGAUGAUGUGUUCCCAGGGGACGAGCUCCUAGAGAUCAAAGGCCACAGCCUGUUGGGGCUACGGCGGUUGGAAGCCUGGAAUUUGAUUAAGAAACUGCCCCCUGGGCCUGUGGAGGUGGUACUGCACCGUCCUUUCAAAUGAUAAUGAGAAAGACAAUGUGGCCCAGCAACUGGAAGUCUUAGCAGUUGAGGAGCUGAGACCUGGUUGCAGGAUAAAACUGAAAUCCUACCACUGUGUAUAGAUAAUGGAAGGAAGCUUGAGAUGGACACUGAUAAUAAGAGGAGCAGCGCUGCACCAAAUUCUCUACUCGGCAUGUCAUCAAAGUGCGACCGAAGAUGUCCAUCAGUGAGAAAUGGAAGAGGUGCAAAUUGUACAGGCAGGGUUUCAACUCCGGUCCUGCAACACAUUAUUCAGGUUGUAUUAUGCAUGGAACUCACCCUUUCACAUUUGAAAAAGACCCAGAAAAAACACGAAAGUGAAUCUCAGGACCCACUUGUUCACUUUAUAAAACCUCCCUGAUGUCAAAGGGUUAUUCACUUGUUUGUUUUGGAUAAGGCACUGUAAUCACCAAAAACCUUGCUUGAUCAAACAGAAAUGUGAGAUGAAAUUACAGGUGCACUGUAUAUCAUUUUUAAAAUUGACGUACAUAUAUUUAUGAAAUUAGAAUUCCAAUUAGGAUUUGAUUUGAUGUGUACUGUAAUAUAAUAUGUUACUAUAUAAGACCAAUA